CCGCCAUCGCGUACAUCGUCCAUCGGUGUCAGCUGGCGCGUAGAGCGUAUAGAGAGUCAGCAGCGCAUAGUUUUUGUGGUAUAUCGUUUCGCGUUCAGACGGUUGUAUGGAGCGGUAGAUGCGGACGGUAUCGGGUAUCUAAGUACAUCUCGUUGAUCGUUAGUAAUACAUAAAAGUUUCAAGAUGAGUGCCGGAAUGCCGGAGCUUGGUUCUAAGAUAAGCCUAAUAUCGAAGGCAGAUAUUCGUUAUGAAGGCCGUUUAUUUACCGUCGAUCCACAGGAGUGCACGAUCGCCUUAGCCAACGUUCGUUCCUUUGGGACUGAGGAUCGAGAGACCCAGUUUCCAGUAGCGCCACAAAACCAAGUCUAUGAAUACAUAUUAUUUCGAGGAUCUGACAUUAAAGACAUCAGAGUCGUCAACAAUGUCAGCACCAUUCCAAACGAUCCAGCCAUUGUCCAGAUGACAGUACAGCCCAACAUGGGUCAGCCAUCUUACCAGCCACAGCCAGGAUUCAACCAUCCAAUGAUGGGUCAAAUCGGACCAAUGGGCGGCCAGUACGGAGGCGGAUACGCGAUGGGUGGAAUUGGAGCCAUGGGAGCCAUGGGUCCAGUUAUGGGUAUGCCUGCAGCUGGACGAGAUCCUCGAGUCGCUAUGAACAAACAACCAAGUGAGUUGGGCCUGGGCUCCACCGGAGCACCCAACGUCGUCUCGAUCCCAAACUCGAUAGCACCGGGCAACGUUGAUCAAAUUCAAAAAGACCAAUCUUUGGAAGAUGGCGUGUUGGACUUGAUCAGCGGAGGAUCUCGAUCGACUACUCCCACUUCAUCCCUGAUGACUAGGAAAAGUCCGACUAUGGAUCAGGGCACGCAGGUUGGCCAUCAACAGCGAUCGACGAACGCCAACAUCCACAAACCGAUGAGCGACAAGCCCAACGCUAGAACCAUACAACCAUCUUAUCGCGAUCGUGAAAGUCAUGGCAGCGGGCGAACCGGCAGCGGCAUGUCCCAGUAUAGCGACGGAAAGCGUGACAAUCGUGAAAAGCAGGACGGAAAUCAACUUCAAGGACACGGACAUCCUUCAGGGCCGAAUCACGCCCAGAUGCAUCAGGCGGGACGCGGAAAUCGCGGCGGUUGGAUAGCUCGAGGAAAUAUUCGCGGACGAGGAAGGGGACGCGGCGGUGGUGGCGGAGGUACCUUCAGACCCCCGCAGCCAGGAAGCAUAAAUAACAAGCCGAAGAACAUGCUGAAGUUCGAGAAUGACUACGACUUCGAACAGGCCAAUACGCAGUUCGAAGAGCUAAGUUUGAUUGAAAAUUGCAGGUCCCAAUUGGCUAAGACUAAGAUUGACAACGGUACUGACAAUGAGAAAAAAGACGAUAGCGGCAAUGAAACUGGAGCGGGCGAGGGAGAGCCUGAGGAAGAAACGGACGUCGUACAUUACGACAAGUCCAAAUCAUUCUUUGACAACAUUAGUUGCGAAGCUGUAGAGAGGAGUAAAGGAAGAUCUCAACGCACGGAUUGGCGGACGGAGCGUAAGUUGAACUCUGAGACAUUUGGAGUCGCCUCGACGAGACGCGGCGGGUUCCGUGGACGUGGAUACUACAACCGCGGAAUGGGAGGUGGCAUGUAUCGUGGUAACAACGGAUAUCGCGGCGGAUACAGGGGUGGAAGCAGAGGCAGUGGCGGUGGAGGAAAUCGCCAACCUAGUAGUCAACUGCAUCAGCAACAGCAGCAGCAACAACAGCAACAGCAACAAAAAGUUUUAACAAACCACAAUCAGAAUCGUCCGAGCAAUCAACAAGCUACAACGACAACGGUUCAAUCUCAGAACAGUGUUGUUGCAGGUACGGCAUAAUGGAAAUAAACUUAUGACUAUGAACACCACGCGCUGUUAUAAGUAUUUUUUUAGCGUUUAAGGAUUUUUACAAAUAAUUGCUGCGAUUAGAACGUUAAGAGAAUCGAGAUACUUGGUUUUUUUUUUUGUAUUUUUUUUUUUUGUUAUUUUCGGCGUUUUUUCUUUCAAAUUUUUGCCGCAAGCUUUAGAGUAUGUAAGGAAUCAGAUUUAUUUUGUAAUAUUUUUUUAGUAUAUAACAAUGUGUGUAUAUUGACGGGUCCUGAAGGAAGGGACGUAUCUCACGUAAACGAAGUGAGGAGAAAAUUUUUUCAAGAAUUUCAAAAAAGAAUAGCGUUAAUGCUGAAAUAUUCUUUCGAACCUACACAGCGAACUCUUUUUUUUUUUUUUCUUUGUUUCUCAACGAUACGUCUUUUCUAUUCAUUAAUCAAAGAUAAGUUCAUUCAAUAUAACCGUUGAAAUGUACAAGAUGCUCUUUUAAUCACCCCAAGAUAAAUGUUACACAAAAUCGAUGAAAUUUUGUAACCAGCCUGACUAUUACUGGCAGCUAAUAUCAUUUAAUGAUGGAAAUAUAGAAUUCUUUAUGCCACUCUAUUCAAGCUGCAAUGGUUCUACUGUCAGGAUAUCACUGAUUAAUAACUUAAUGUCCAAGACAUUCGUUUAAGGUGAUUAAAAAUUACCACCCUGUAUAAAUUAACACCACUUUCGGCGAAGAGAGGACUGUAGAAAAGCUUUUGUACAGCCUUCUUAAGUUUGAGACCCCUGAAAAUUGUAAGAAAUCUUUAUACAUGUAUUGGCUCUUUAUUAAGCACGACCAUUUUUCGAGGCCAUCUAAUUUGUUUAUUAUUUAAUUAAUGAAUUCUAGCAAGUCGCAAUUUUCCAAACAACUUAUUUUGUUCGUUCUCUUAAUUUUUUACAUCGCAAAAUUAAAACUUAUCGAUCUUUCUAUAAUAGUAAAUUUAGACACCAAAAAAAGACCAAAAGACCAUCAUUAAACUAGAAGGAGAAAUAAAGAAUGGGUUCUGUACAAUAAUGAGUUAUAACGAUUGACGAUUAUUAUUGGAUACUUUAUUAUUAAUUAUGCUAGUUUACCGAACAAACGUGAGAAAAGAAAGCAAGUAAGGAAUAAAGAAAGAAGGAAAGAAAGCGGAGACGAAAAACUCGAACGAUGGUCAAUUAAAUGAAUUUUUUGAAAUGAAGAAAACACUUCUUCUGAUUGAAUUACCUUAGAUAAUUUUUAACGGGUACUGAAAAGUUGGAGAUGAUUGUAUGUACGUAAAUUAAAGAAGAAGAAGCAGAAGAAGAAGAAAGAAAAUUCGAAAUGCAAGAAACAAAAAGGCUGCACCUCCAGUUUUAGAUAAUCAAGUUGUAACGUAAUAUAUGUUGAAAGAAAAAAAAUAAUAAUAAUAAUUGGAAAGGUAUCAUUAACGAAGGUUAGUUCAAAUGCUGGACAUUAUGGGAUAGUUGGUUUGUAUCCGCACGACGGAAGCGACGGUAAAUUAUAUUAUAUUUUAAAUGAUAAACUGAAAACUGGAUGGAGUUUUAACGAUAAUUACGAUUGGGCAACGCGUGUGUGUGUGUGUGAACAACGAGAAAGAAAGAAAAAAGGAAAUAAAAAAAAUAUUGAACAAAAAGAGGAAGUCAAGAAAAACACGAAAAAUGAUUAACAUAAUUAACCAAUUAAUUAAUUGUGAUUUUCAACAAUGUCAUAGUAGAGAAUUUAAUCACACGGGUCGAGAUAUGCGUAGGUUUAAACAGACAGAAUUUUACUCUUACGGUUGGUAACGGUCUCCCCACGUUAAACAAAGAAUCUGGAUGUAUGCGUUGUUUUUUUCCCCGCGACAUUUUAAUUUUAUUUGUGAUUGAUUUUUUUUUUUUUUUUUUUUUCCCCACCCCCAACUUUUUUCCCCUAUGUUAUUUAUACAUGUAAGCAUCAAAUUAUAUGGUAACAUUCUCCUGACUGCAAAUCGGUACAAGAUAACCGACUCGAAAAAACGCUACGAAAAUUUAGAAUAGAAUAGAAGGAAAAAGAAAAAAAAAAAGAAACAAGACUACGGCUUUCGUAGAAAUGUGCAGAUUAUAUGUCGGUAAAUAAACGAAUUCUCAUUGCAAUAAGGAGAGAUACGCGCCUUUACUGAAUUACUGUAUAAAUUAUAUCUACAGAAAAUUAUAAAUACAAUUUAUAUUUACAUACCCAAUAAAAGCAGGAGAUGUUUGCGAUAAAACGAAAACUAAAACAAAACA